CUGAGAGAUGCGGUUCACCGACGCAUCUCGUUAUCAUAUUACUCGUCGCAACGAGAGAGGGCGGGCCAGGCGGGGUCUCAAAGAGCCGGGCCCACAACCACGCCUUCAGUUUGGACCUACCGCUCUACCGCGCCGGCAAACAUGCCGCGACCGACCCGAGAAUCCUACGGCGACCAGAAGCCACCGUACUCAUACAUAUCGCUCACAGCCAUGGCCAUCUGGAGCUCGCCGGAGAGGAUGCUGCCUUUAUCAGAGAUAUACCGGUUCAUUACUGACAGGUUCCCAUAUUACAGACGUAAUACACAGAGGUGGCAGAACUCAUUGCGACACAAUCUGUCAUAUAAUGACUGCUUCGUGAAGAUGCCUCGUCGUCCGGAUCGUCCAGGGAAAGGUGCGUAUUGGACGCUCCACCCGCAAGCCUUUGAUAUGUUCGAGAAUGGAUCCUUAUUACGGAGAAGAAAACGCUUCAGACUCGAUAAAAGACAUGAUUUAAGAGAAGAAUUCGUUGAGAAACAGUCUAGACCAACACAGAGACUCGAUCAGGACAGUUGUCCGAAGGUCGUUAGACCGAAGAAACUGUUCACAAUCGAUAGUUUAUUAAGUAAUAAUGAGGAUAAAAGUGUUGAAAGUGUUGUAAGUGAGGAAACGAGUCUAUCUUUCCCACAACCUGAACUGUUGGCUCUCGCUGCUAGUAUGUGGAAUCCGUCAAUUUGGUCUCAGUUACAUUUACCGCUCUUUUCCAAUUUACAAAUACCCAUAAACAUAGAUUUACAUAAUUUAUUCCCUCUGCGAACAUUAGAACCUUUAUACCAAUAUAGGUAG